AUGUUUCCAGAUUGGCCAGAAUCAGUGGCCGACUUGGUGCCUCUGCCACAGUGUGAGGGACCCAAAUUGAAGCCAUUCGAUUUCCAUGGCUCGCAAAAAAUUGACUUUUUGGAGUUCUUGGGAGAAGGCCUUCACUCUUUUGUUUUCAAAGUAAACAUUCUGGGCCGCGUCUAUGCGUUGAAACUUUUUAGAUUCGGCUACUACUAUGAUUGGGUAUGCAUGAAUCAGGAUUUCGACGACAACAAUGUCGCCGGACUGUCCGCCCUGUACAACUACGCAGAGCCCUUCAGCUGCGAGUGCCGGGGCUUUGCUCGACUCCAGGAAACGGGCCAUGAAGACCUGGCAGUUGAUUGCUUUGGUUAUCUACUUCUCGACGAGAAACACGAGAGAAUUAUGAGAGACAAGUUCCAAAACGAAGUGAACUUGGAGUUCGACGGUGAUGGCGACGGGCCUCCACACUCCGAGGUACGCUCGCAAUACCCAGGGAAGAGCGGCAGGCCGCCACCCAUCCGGGGCAUCGUAAAGGAGUUUGGCCAGCCUGCAGACACUAUAAACAAUAAAGAUGUGCGGAGACUCCUUGGACAGGUCAUCCAGCUGCAGCAACUCGGUAUCAUCAACAUCGACAUGGCAGACCGGCAGCUGAUCAACGGCAAAAUUUGCGAUUUCAGCACGGCAAUUACAGUCCCGCACUUCAUAACGUCUCCGGAGCUAAACCCAUAUCUCACGGCUGCGGCCAAAUCGGCCAUGGAGUACGAAACCUUUUUGUAUAGUAUCAACGACUAUUGGGCGUUUGAUAACAUGGUGGACUUUUGGAGUGAGGAUCACCCAAACCAGAAGGCGAAACUUUCCGUGUUUGCAUUUCCCGGUGGAAUACGAGCGAAGAACAGAUACAGCUUGAGAAACACAGCAUCUCGAGACCGCGUUUACUCAUUAGUUAACCCGAUGGAGUGUAAUUGGAGGGCAUUCGCUGGUAGUGACGAGACAGGCGGAGGCGAAACGUCGAUUCGGUCACAGAAAAGACAAAAGACAAAAGCUCAAAGUCGGGCCAGGUCUGGCGGGGCCAUUUCGAAAAGAAAAUAUGUCCAGCUUGAUGCCAAGCCUCAGCGGUGGUAUUACAACUGUAGCAAAGAAAGGGCAGCCAAGAUCAAGCAUCAAUCAUCCUUCAGCAACACUCUCGCGUGGGACUUUCAGCACGGCGUUAUAUGUCCACAGCGCAGAACAUGA